CUCUUGUGUACGGUGCAUUACCGCCCUCUUCUGGCAUCGACUACCUGCGGUAACGUCCACAAUUUAUGAUCAAAAUCUCGCGUUUUUGAGUAAAACUUGUCACAACGGCCAUCAAACCGCGCUGCAAUGGGGGUUUAAAGCAAGAUAAAUAGAUUACAGCAGUGAGAGUUUCCACUCGCUACAUUGUAUGAGUGAUAUUCAAUGAUUUAUUUAACCGCUCGGAGAAAUUUACGCACAAUCAGAGCCUUUAAAGACCCACGUGAGUGCGCGUCCACCCCUCCUACCGCCGGAUCUCAACCAUGAUGAGGCGUUUGUGGCAAACACGGUAAGGAAAACAAGACAAGUUAAACUCUCAAGGUUGUAAGUUUAGGAGGUUGGGGUCAUACGUUAUGAGGACACUCGAGAAUUGUAUUUGCUAUAAACUUUGAAUUUCGCUCUAUUUCAUUCUCCUUUAUAUGAUCCUUUAAGAUAAUGUAAUUGUCUUGGAGUUAAGCGCCAUUUUGGUUACAUGGGGAAAAAACAGUAGAUAUUGGGAGUUGCUUUCAAACCCUUGAAAUCUUGAAUAAAAUUUAAGUUUGCAACUAAGUCUGAAUGACAAUAAACAAUAUUUUUCCCUUUAAAUUUAUUUUGUUUUUCCAGUUUUGUGCCAUGAAUGUUUUGUUUUUGUCCAUAGCUACAGCUGAACCUGGUCUUAAAUCAGAAGGACAUUACCAGCACUAAUGCAAGGCUUUACAUUUUUGGUAUUGAUUUCAAGUACAAAAUCAGACUUCCAGCUUGUAUCUUACGUAGGCAGUUUGUUUUAGAGAAAGAAUCCAUUGUGGCAGCCAUUUUGGUGGGAAGCAGAUGUUGAGACCUAAACACCUAUAACAUAUUUUGAUAAUAUAAUUUAGAUACCAGUGAGUCAAAUAGCUUAAAAAGCAAGCGAAUGCUAUUUAAAUUGUAUUUUCAUUUUGUUUAAAACUUAUAUUUUCCGGACUGAGGUCAGAGGUGAUGUGAUGUUCUGCAUGUGCGUCUGACGGGAGUCAGGGGUGUCUCCGUGCGUCUGUGUAUGCUUCAAAAGAAAGAAAAACCAACGAAAAACGAACAUGGAACUGGGAUAAAUAAAGUUGCCAAACAGAGAGACGGAGUCAUGUCUGCCUGAGAGUGCAACACAGACGACAGAGGAGUGGGAGCACAAGUCUCCAGAUUCUUUUCAGAGAUCCUUGCAUUAACAUUUAUGAGCAACCCAGUCCGUCUGUAACGUGUACUUGUUUUAUUUUGCAGAGAUGUUUGACCUCUGAGCCUCAAAAUGUGUUCAAUUCCUGGACUCCCAACACCAGGAUCAGAAGUUCCUGUUUUCAUCACAAAGGUAAAUCUGAACCCCAAUCAUGGUCUUGUGGAAUUCUGGGUCAACAUAAGACAUGAGAAGAAGCUCAUUUAUGCCCAGAUGAAAGAGGAGAUCCAGAUUCCUAAAAGGAAGUUCGAUGGAUGUGAAGGAAAACCGGCAGAUCUCUGUCUCGUUUGCAUUAGGGACACCUGGCACAGAGCUCGGAUUGUAUCCAGUCAGAAUGAAACUUACAAUGUUUUUCUGAUCGACCAAGGACAGCCCCAUACCACCACAAGUGAAGCUUUGGCUUGGGGUCAGAGUGACAGCUUUCUCCUGCCCCCUGAAAUUGAAUCCUGCAUACUUGCAAACAUUGUUUCCCUUGAGGAUGUCCAGCCUGAAAGAGCCACAAAGUGUCUGAACUCUUUGUGUGGGAGGACUUCAAAAGGACUGGUCCAGCAUGUGCUGAUGCCAGACAGGAUCAUUCUCCUUGAUAUACCAGUUGUUUCCAGCCAUAUGUGCAAGCUUGGGGUAGCAAAAAAGGUACCUGCAGAUGAGUUUAAAUGCUUUGUUCAAGAGCGGCUUCACUUCAAAAAAGGUGUGGCCCCUGAGGUUCACAUAAAUGCCAGUCUCCAUCAUGAAAAUAAGCCCCAAUACUUUUACCCAGAACUGUUAAUUGAAACUUUUGUAACUGUUCAGGUGACAGAGGUAAAAAAUCCACACAGUUUUUUUUGCAAAAUCCACAUUUUCACCAAGGCAGUAAAACUCCUGUCAGAGCAGAUUCACCAGCAAUAUGAAGCAAGCUCUGAUUUUAAAGAGGCACAACCACAGGCCUAUGGGGAUCCAUGUGCUGCAAGAGGCAAAAAUGGCAGGUGGUAUCGUUCUUCACUCAAGGAAAACAUGAAAAGUGAUGGCACAGUGGAAGUGUUGCAUGUGGAUGAAGGAAAAACUGAGCUCGUCCCAGUUAAAGACAUCAAACCACUGAAUGGAGAAUUCCUCAAGAAGCCUAUAUUCACAUAUCGCUGUUCUCUGAAUGGUGUUGAAAACAAUGGCAAAGGAUGGACUGCUGAGCAGACUGACUACCUUAAGUCAUUGCUGUUAAAUCAGACAGUUGUGGCAAAGUUGAACAGCCAUAAUGUAUCUCAUGAUGCAUAUAAUGUCACUCUUUAUACACCUGAUGGUGAAUGCAUAAAUGACACUUUCACUGAAAAAACUGGACUCCAAUCACUCUUGAAGACUGAACAGGGUUCAGAAGUUCCUACUGUUUUGUCCUUUCUUUGUUCCCACAGAGAUGAGAAAGAUGCAGAUAUCAGCAAAAACACCAUAAAUGUUGAUGAUUUACAAAAGGAAACCUUGCCAAGAGCCAAGGACAUAGAAGUCGAUGGCCGGGGGGAUGAUGAUACUCUUGAUGUUAUUGAUAUUCGAGACAGCUCAGAACAUUCUGACCAUGUAAUGCCAAGGAACAGCCAUCAUCAAGCAGGUUUCCACCAUGUUGCGCAGAAUGUUAAUGAUGUUCAUGAUGUGCAUACUGAGGGAAGAAGCAUCCAUGUGAAGGUAACAUCCAUCGAAAGCCUAAAGAAGUUCUGGUGUCAAAAAGCAGAAAAUAGUGACUCUCUCCUGCUCCUGAUGCAAAACCUACAAAACUACUACGCAUCUGACAAACCCGAGCCACUUGUUGAGUCCAUCUGUGUAGCCCGUAAUCCAGACAACAACAUGUGGUAUAGGGCCAGGAUUAUCACAAGUAGCCCCUCCCCUGUGGUAGAUGUGAGGUUUAUAGACUACGGACAAACUCAGAAGGUUCCACUGCAAGAUAUACGCCCCAUUGAUCCAGUUUUCCUGCGUCUGCAUGCUCAAGCUUUUCAGUGUAGCUUGUUUGACCUGAAGAACCCUACAACUGUCUCUGAGACCAAGGCUGCUUUGGAAGAAUUUAUCAAGUUUGUAGGUUUGAGUGCUUUGUCAAAUGCUGGGUUGAAAUGCAUUGUCAAAGCUGUUACAUCUGAUGAAGAGGGUCUGCCUCUUAGCCUGGUGGAUAUUGAAGCAUCAUCUGAGAGUGUAUGCAAGCUUGUUGCUCAGAAAUUAGCAGAGGCUGAAUCUGCAGGGCCAAAUCCACAAGAAGUGCAAUCAGAUGCAUAUAAUUACUCAACUCACAAUAUCGACAUUGGCGCAAAAGAAACUGUCUUGGUCACCUCUUCAGACAGUGUCAAUCACUUCUACUGUCAACUCAGAAGGAACUCCGGUGUCAUGGACAAAUUGUUGAAAAAUGUGAAACAACUUGUCAGACAGUCAAAGAGCACAGAUCAUCCACUCAGACUUCACAGCAUUUGCUUUGCUAAGUACACUGAUAAUCAGUGGUACAGAGGUGAAGUUGUAGAAGUGACCCCAAAACUUAAAGUCCAUUUUGUGGACUAUGGUGAUAUUCUUAUGCUGAAUAAAUCUGAUGUGUGUCCCUUUCCUACUGAAGCAAGUAUUGCUAGAUCAACUCCUGUGCAGGCUGUUCCACUUGGACUGCACGAUAUCCCAACAGAAGUGCCACUGGAAAUCAACCAAUGGUUUGCAGAUAAUGCUGUUGGCUUUAAUUUCACUAUUUCAGUAGUGAAAAAGGAUGCAAAAGGGAAGCUAAUAGUUGAACUGUUUCAUGGAUCACGAAAUAUUAACAAGUUAGUCAGAGAGAAGAUAAACAUGACACAACCAAAGGUCUCCAAAGGUCUUGCUCAACAGACUAACCAGCAGCUGUCUACCAGCUCUGUUCUCUCAAAUGUGCCAAAUGGGAACUGUUCAGUGGAGGAGCUCAUGACCAAAAUAGUAUCACCCAAGAUGGCAGAAGGAGAGCGAGCUGAGAAAAGCAAUGGAAUGUGUCCUGCAGACCAGCUGAACAGGUGCUCAAAAAGCAUGAGUACCUCUUCCCCAAUGCAAGUUCAACAUGAAAUCAGUCUGGAGGAGACAACACUACCAACCUUGGAUGUCAUUCUUGAAAUCAGUGAGUCUGUGUUGGCUGAGACUUUGAUACAAAGUGACUCAAAAUCGACAAGCCAUUCCCCGCAGUCAUGUCCCGAUGGAUUCAUGGACAUCUGCAGGUACAAGAGGCCAAAUCUUUCUCUGAAUAUGACGGCAGAGGUUUAUGCUACUUGUAUCGUAGGACCAAAUUACUUCUGGUGUCAGUACGCCUAUACCGAAGACCUGGACACAGUGUCCAAGCUUGCACAGGAUGCAGGGAGGGAACAGCAGGACACAAUGUUUGCAAAGAGUUUAGACACUGGUAGUUCAUGCCUUGCUCUUUUCUCCGAUGACAACCAGUGGUACCGAGCUCAAGUAAUCAAGAGAAAUGAGAGCUCAUUUAAUGUUCUGUUUAUUGAUUAUGGAAACGAGUCUGAUGUUGACAUCAAAAAUGUAAGCCCACCAUCCCAGGGUCUACUUGAUGCAGCUCCUCAGGCCUUCUUGUGCUCUUUGGAUGGAUUUGAUGAGUCCCUUGGCUCCUGGGAUGACAACGCUUUUGACGACUUCUACAACCUCUUGCUUGAUAAAAGACUCAGAGUGACUGUUUCCAAUGUGGCAGUCUAUUCAGAGACAAUGGCUUCCCAAUACGCAGUGCAAGUACUUUGUGACAACAGGCUUGUUAAUGAACUAAUGCAGCAAUACUGGACAGCAGCUACAGAUGAACAUGAUGAAGCAGGAAACGCCCAAAUCGAAAACUCUAUCCAGGACAGUAAAACUGAGUUCAAGCCAACACACCUAAAUUUCUCUCAAGAAAAUGUGAAUGUUCUCAUGUACAAGAAGCCAAAUGUCACCAUAAACAAAGAUGAGCAGGCAUAUGCUUCUUGUAUUGCGGAGCCCAAUUACUUCUGGUGUCAGUACACCAAUACAGAGGAGCUCGACAAAAUAUCAAGUCUUUCUCAGGAAGCUGGACAGGUGCAGCAGGACAGUACGUUUCCCCAAACUCUUGCUCCUGGAAGUCCAUGCCUUGCUUUGUUUUCCGCUGAUGAACAGUGGUAUCGAGCUCAGGUUAUUGACAGAGUUGAUGAUACAUUCAAUGUUUUCUUUGUAGACUAUGGAAAUGAGUCUGGCAUUAAUGUAAAGGAUGUGAGACCACUCCCUCAGAAUCUACUUGAUAUGGCUCCACAGGCCUUCUUAUGUUCUUUAGAUGGAUUUGAUUUGUCAAAGGGCUCUUGGGAUGACCAAGUUUUUGAUGAUUUCUACAAUGCCCUUGUUGAUAAACCACUCAAACUGAAAGUCCUAAACACGGAGGACCAUCCAGGGAUACAUGUUUCACAUCAUGUUGUGGAAGUGGAGAGCGAAGGAGUGCUGGUGAACACAGCUGUUAAGAAAUACUGGAAAACAUCUUCAGAGGAAAGUUUUCCCAAGAAAAGCCCUCAAACUGAAACUUCACUCCAGGAGAAAAGCCGAACAGAGCCUGAAACGACACCGCUCAGGUUUUCUGAAAAAGACAUUAACACUUGCAUGUACAAAGAGCCAAAAGUGUCCGAAAGUGAGACAGAGAUGGUGUACGCCUCUUGUAUUGCGGAGCCCCAUUACUUCUGGUGUCAGCACUCUAACACAGAGGAACUCAACAAGAUGUCUCAGCUUGCUCAGGAAGCAGGACAAGAACUAGAAGACACACAGUUCCCUGACACUCUUGGUCCUGGCAGUCCAUGCCUUGCUCUGUUUUCCAGUGACAACCAGUGGUACCGAGCUCAGAUAAUCAAGAGAAAUGAGAGCUCACUUCAUGUUCUGUUUAUCGAUUAUGGGAAUGAGUCUGAUGUUGACAUAAAAAAUGUGAGACCACCACCACAGAGUCUACUGGAUGCGGUUCCUCAGGCCUUUCUAUGCUCUUUGCAUGGAUUUGUUGAAUCCAGAGGCUCCUGGGAUGACAGAGUGUAUGAUGAUUUCUACGGUCUUCUGGUUGAUAAGCCACUCAAAUUAACAGUGCUCAGCAAGCACAACCAUGCAGAGCUUGCUGUUCCUCAAUUUGAAGUUCAAGUUGAGUGUGAUGGAGUUCUUAUAAAUAAACUGAUGGAGAAUUAUUGGAAAGGACAGAACGCAGAUCAUACCUCACUCGAAGGUGUCAGAUCAGGUUAGUAGACUACACCUUCUGCUACUUUUCUUUCUUGUUGCUAAUUUAGGAUCAACAAAGUUCAAAUGAAUCUCACAAUUUUCAUUUUCUUAUCUCAGCGGACAGGAUGAAGGGGAUUGCUGAGGCUUAAAGCUAUCAAAAAGCUGCCACAAGACCGGUAGGAGUAAAAUGACAUUUCCUAUCUACUUAAUCCUCAACAAGUGCAGAUGGUUUUAUACAUGACAUGAGGGCUCUCCUGUGAAAUUAACCUCAAACAGGAAAAAACUUUAAACCAGUGUUGGAGAAUUUGUUAUGAAACUGAGUUCAAAUUGUCCAUGUAGAAUCUCAUUCAUCCAGGUCAGGGUUAUCUCGAAGACACCAGAAUCAGACAACUGGACUGGAGUUGUGGUCAAACCCUCUCUGAUCAGAGGAGAUGGACUCUGGUACUUACAAUGCAGAUCUAAGCUCUCUUCCUAGGAAGCUUCACAAACAUUCACAUCUGGGACCAUGUGACCACAACACCUCAAAUGAAAGGGGUAGAUACAACCCAUUUAGGUAACACCCGGAGAUGGGUUUCUGCGACCCAUUCAUUCCAGCUCCUCCCAGUCAUUGUUUUCCCCUUCUCCAGUAAGAUAAUUACCUGCUCCCCCCACUAGCUAUUUUAGAACUGAAGAAGCUUCUUGGAUAAGAGGCGAAACGUCUUCUCAACUCUACGCAGUCCAGUUGCCUGAUUUUGGAGUCUUUGAGUUCAAAUUGAAUUUCAAAUGAUUGCUAACAAGACUUUUUCUUUGUACUUGUUUCAGCUUUGGAUCCAGGCUAAAGGGAACCCCCUCAAGACAGAGCCGUCUUUAAUGUUCUAAAAUAUUUUUUUGUGUGUGUGUCACACCUAUAAUUUUAUUAAACACAUGCAAUAAAGUAGAUGAAAUUAUUCUUUUUAUGUGGUGAAAAUUUGU